AAUUAAUUGUUUUCCUGACUUAUUGGAAACAAUUAGGAAGUAAUUGUUGACUGCAUCACAUCUAUUUGAUAAGAACUAAACAAUCUUUUUAUGUUUAACCAUCUCUCUCAAAAAUUAUUACCAAGCCAUGUCUCUGCUUAAUGAUCUUGUUAACCUCGAUCUCUCUGAUUCCACUGAGAAGAUUAUAGCUGAAUAUAUAUGGAUCGGUGGAUCUGGAUUGGACUUAAGGAGCAAAGCAAGAACCCUCCCAGCAGCAGUGAGUGAUCCAUCAAAAUUGCCAAAGUGGAACUAUGAUGGUUCCAGCACAGACCAAGCCCCCGGAGAUGACAGUGAAGUCAUUUUGUACCCACAGGCAGUUUUUAAAGAUCCCUUUAGAAGAGGAAACAACAUCCUGGUUAUGUGCGAUGCGUACACACCGGCAGGCGAGCCUCUUCCCACCAAUAAAAGAUUCAAUGCCGCCAAAAUCUUUAGCCAGUCUGAUGUUGUUGCUGAAGAGCCAUGGUAUGGGAUUGAGCAAGAGUACACUCUUCUUCAGAAGGAUGUGAAGUGGCCAAUUGGAUGGCCUAUUGGUGGAUUCCCAGGACCUCAGGGUCCUUACUACUGUGGAACGGGAGCUGACAAAGCCUUCGGGCGGGAUAUUGUAGACUCCCACUACAAGGCUUGCUUAUAUGCCGGCAUCAAUAUCAGUGGCAUCAAUGGUGAAGUUAUGCCUGGCCAGUGGGAAUUUCAAGUUGGCCCUGUACUUGGUAUCUCUGCUGGUGAUGAGCUAUGGAUGGCUCGUUACAUUCUUGAGCGAAUCACUGAGGUUGCAGGAGCCAUCCUUACUUUUGACCCAAAACCAAUUCCGGGCGAUUGGAACGGAGCUGGUGCGCAUACAAACUACAGCACCAAGUCGAUGAGAAAUGAUGGCGGGAUAGAUGUAAUCCAUAAGGCUAUCGAGAAGUUGGGUAUGCGCCACAAGGAGCAUAUAGCUGCAUACGGUACAGGCAACGAGAGACGACUCACUGGUCGCCAUGAGACCGCUGAUAUCAACAAAUUCUCCUGGGGUGUUGCUAACAGGGGAGCAUCUAUCCGUGUCGGGCGCGACACAGAACAGAAAGGCAAAGGUUAUUUUGAAGAUAGGAGGCCAUCAUCCAACAUGGAUCCAUAUACUGUCACUUCAAUGAUAGCUGAAACCACUAUUCUCUGGAAGCCUUAGAGACCAACCAAUUUGGUUUACCUGAUUGCUUUGUUUCUACAAUUGUUUUCAUUUUCUUGAGAUAUCAACUUCCUGUUGAUUUGUUUAAAUUACCAUUCAAAUUUUGUAUUGUUUUCCA